AUGGCUUUCAUGAUGCCGGUAGUGAAAAACGACUGGAAUAUUUACAAGUCAAACAGAUCGCGAAAAACUUCCGAAUGCAACACAUCAUGCACUACCAGAACGAGGAAAAUUUCGGAAUGCAGAUCUGAGGGCCUGGGCAGCUUGUCCACUUCUCCAAAACUGGAGGUGCCACUUCCAAAACAUCACUCCGUACCGGAUCGAAUGCCUUCUAGAGUGUUCCCUAGAGGCAGAACCAGCUCUGAAAAUCUACCCAGCAGGGCGAAGGUGUCAUUUCCGCCGGAAAAUCCGAUUUCUGCUUCAGCCAGCAAUUUGAAACCUUCACUAAGCGGCUGCAAUUGGCUCGACAAGCUGAAAAAGUUCAUAAAACAUAGCAAAAGAGAAGAAGAGAGGUCCAAGUAA